UUGGUCUCUGCGGUGCCCCAGCCGUGUUUUAUUUUUAUUGGAUUUCCCUAAAAAUAACAUAUACACCUAUUUGCAGUUUGAUAUGGCAAACACAGUUUACUGUUCAAUUUAGAAGGCUAUGAGUUUACAUACAUUCAAAAUUUGUAGAACAUGGACUGAGGUUCCUCGGCACUGCCGUAUGAAGCGUAUAAAUUGGAUACAGAUUGUGUAAACAGUACCAUAACUACUACAUUCAAAGUAAAAUAGCAAAAUGCAGUCUAACUUCACCGCUAUCGUAUCCGCAAUAUCGAUCCUGACGCCAUCCUUGGCCGCUAGUUUACCUGGAAGUGAUGUUUGCACUCAGGGCCCUUCCUUUACCUGGAAGUGAUGUCUGUACUCAGGGCCCUUCAUACUGGUGCGCAUCGGAAGCAAAUGCAGCUGAAUGUAACUUUGAAAAUCCUGGAGUGAAUUGCUUGAAGUAUUGCGAGGAUAUUGACACCAGCCCAUACUGUACCGACGACAUCCUUGAACCACAGCCGGAAGAGUCUCCACUCAUUGGGGCAGAUCCAUGUACUUGGGGACCCAGCUACUGGUGUGCCAGUGAGGAGAACGCAAGUGAGUGUGGUUUUAGCAAUCCCGAGUCGGAGUGUCAGGAAUAUUGCGACGACCUGGACGAUUCUCCCUUCUGUCCACCACUGGUUGGAUCUGAUCCAUGUACUUGGGGACCUAGCUACUGGUGUGCCAGUGCAGAUAAUGCCGAGGAGUGUAAGCUGGAAAAUCCCGAAACUGAAUGUCAAAAGUACUGUGACGAUCUGGUAGACUCUCCUUUCUGUUCGGCACCAAUAGGGUCUGACUCGUGCACACAGGGACCCAGCUACUGGUGUGUAAGCGAAGCGAAUGCUGAAGAAUGUCAACUUGAGAACCCUGACAUAGAGUGUCAAAAGUACUGUGGCGAUCUGGAGGAUUCGCCUUUCUGUGAUGCACCAAUGGUAGGUAUUGACUCUUGUACGCAGGGACCCAGCUACUGGUGUGCAAGCGAAGCGAAUGCCGAAGAGUGUCAGUUUGAGAACCCCGAGACCGAGUGUCAGAAGUACUGUACUGAUCUUGAAGAUUCUCCAUUCUGCCAGAAGUAAAAUACAUAGUAGAAUUUUUCUAAUAAAUUAUAUUGCUA